AUGUCAUCUGGAAAAACAAAGAGGAAGAUCAGAUGGAGCAAACUGUAUUCUUUUGCAUGCUUGAGGCCUGUUACUGCUGAGCAUGAUUCUAGCCAGCAGCUUCUUGGUCAGCCGGGAUUUUCACGGGUGGUUUUCUGCAAUGAGCCUCUGCAACACAAGGCUAAGCCUUACAAGUAUCCCAAGAACUAUGUUUCCACAACUAAGUACAAUAUUGUGACUUUUCUUCCAAAAGCACUUUUCGAGCAGUUUCGGAGGGUUGCCAAUCUUUAUUUUCUGUUAGCAGCUGCGUUAUCCAUCACUUCUUUGGCUCCUUUUACUCCAGUAAGUUUGAUUGCCCCUUUGGUCUUUGUGGUGGGGGUUAGUAUGAUUAAAGAGGCAGUGGAGGAUUGGCACAGAUUCUUGCAGGAUUUGAAUGUGAACUCAAGAACUGUAAAGGCUCAUGUUGGAGAUGGCAAAUUUAUUGACAGAUCAUGGAAACAGCUUUCUGUAGGAGAUGUUGUUAAGGUUAACAAGAAUGAAUAUUUUCCCAGUGAUCUCCUCUUACUAUCUUCCAGCUAUGAGGAUGGCAUAUGUUAUGUAGAGACCAUGAACCUUGAUGGAGAAACUAACCUGAAAGUUAAAAGAUGCUCAGAAGCCACACUUGGCUUGAUCAAUGAUCAAGCAUUUGGUUUAUUCAGCGCUACUGUCCGCUGUGAGGACCCAAAUCCUCAUCUUUACACCUUUGUGGGGAAUUUAGAGUUGAAAAAUGUAUCAUUUCCCUUGUGCCCUGCCACACUUCUUCUAAGAGAUUCAAAACUUCGGAACACUGAUUAUAUUUAUGGAGUUGUGAUCUUCAGUGGACCUGACACAAAAGCAGUAAGGAAUUCAACAAGAUCACCAUCUAAGCGUAGUCGGAUUGAAAGAAAGAUGGAUCUUGUUAUUUACCUUCUCUUUACAAUGCUUCUCUUAAUUUCACUGGUCACUGCAUCCGGUUUUGCGCGGUUUCUGAAGUCUGAGAUGGUUAAGUGGUGGUAUCUUUCUCUCGAAGAUGAUCCAUUCUUUAAUCCGUCAAAGCCAGAGGUAUCUGGUUUCCUACAAUUCAUAAGGGCCCUUAUUUUGUAUGGCUACUUGAUCCCCAUUUCUCUCUAUGUCUCUAUUGAGGUUGUCAAAGUUUUACAAGCCAUGCUCAUUAAUAAGGAUAUAGAAUUGUAUGAUGAAGUUACACGUAAGUCAGUUCAAACCCGGACAUCAAAUUUAAAUGAGGAACUCGGUCAGGUAGGGAUGAUUCUGUCAGAUAAAACAGGAACUUUGACAUGCAACCAGAUGGAAUUUAGGAAAUGCUCUAUUGCUGGAAUUUCAUAUGGGGGUGAUAUAAAUGAAAUCGACUGGGCAGCAUCUAAGCGAAUGAAUGUUGAUGUUGAGUCUUAUCGUUUCAGUACUGAUGAAUUUGAAACAGCAAGUCAAAGCUGUGAAAUGUUUGAGUUCUCAGUGGGGAACAUUAGCACUGAAAGAGCUGUUCAAGGAGGACUAAGACAUAUGCAGAAUUCGAGUGCAGAAAAUUCAAGAAUCUCUUAUGUGGAGGAAGAAGCUGUCAUCAAGGGUUUCACCUUUAGGGAUGAUAGACUUCGGAACAAAAAGUGGAUUUAUAGGUCCAACUUAUCUGAUGUGACAAUGUUCUUUAGAGUCAUGGCUCUAUGUCACACAGGCAUACCUGUUGAGGAGGAUGAUCAAACUCAUAAGCUUAAGUAUGAGGCAGAGUCACCAGAAGAAGUAUCUUUUUUAAUUGCUGCACAAGAAUUUGGAUUUCAGUUUUUUCGAAGAAGUCAGUCUGUUAUGUUUCUUAGGGAGUUUGAUCCUUCCACUGGAAAUGAGGUUGAGCGGAAGUACAAACUUUUGAACCUUUUAGAGUUCUGUAGCUCUCGGAAGAGGAUGUCUGUUAUAGUAAGCAACGAAGAGGGUCAAAUCUUUCUACUCUGCAAAGGUGCAGAUAACAUUAUCUUUGACAGGCUUGCAGAAAAUGGAAGGACAUACCAACAGGCAACAACUCUACACCUUUCAAAUUAUGCAGAAGAUGGAUUCCGAACUCUGGCCUUUGCCUACCGGAAACUUGAGGUUACUGAGUAUGAACAAUGGAACUCAAUAUUUAAGGUGGCCAAGACCACAAUAGGUCCUGAAAGGGAAGAAAUACUAGAGAAAGCAUCUGAAAUGAUUGAAAAGGAUCUAAUUUUACUGGGGGUUGCUGCUGUUGAAGACAAGUUACAAAAAGGGGUUCCAGAAUGCAUAGAUAAACUUGCCCAAGCAGGGAUAAAAAUAUGGCUGCUCACUGGUGACAAGAAAGAAACUGCAAUAAAUAUUGGGUUUGCUUGCAGCUUACUUCGGCGGGAUAUGAAACAAUUUCAUCUAAGUUUGGGAAGAGAAACUGCAACUACUAACCAACUGAAGGCGAUGAAAGAAGACAUUUUAAACCAACUUGAAAGUUUUCACAAAGUGAAGUCUGAAGAAGGUAAUAAAGAUGCACCCUUGGCUUUGGUAGUAGAUGGAAAAGCUCUUGAAAUUGCUCUGAGAAGUGAUGUGAAGGACCAGUUCUUACAGUUGGCUGUUAAUUGUGCUUCUGUUAUAUGCUGCCGGGUCUCUCCAAAACAGAAGGCUUUGAUUACACGAUUGGUAAAGGAACACACAGGCAGAACAACCUUGGCCAUUGGAGAUGGGGCAAAUGAUGCAGUGAUGGCCAGUGACAUCUCAUUGCCUCAAUUCCGGUUCUUGGGGAGAUUACUUAUAGUUCAUGGACACUGGUGUUACAAGAGGAUCUCAAAAAUGAUUCUGUACUUCGUGUACAAGAACAUUGCUUUCGGGCUCACACUGUUCUACUACGAAUUAUACACAAGGUUUGCAGGGGAGGUCUUAUAUGAUGACUGGUAUAUGGCCCUAUUCAAUGUGAUUUUGACAUCUUUGCCUGUUAUAUCAUUGGGAGUGCUUGAGCAAGAUGUUUCAUCAGAAGUGUGCCUCCAGUUUCCAGCUCUUUAUCAACAAGGACAGAAGAACAUAUAUUUCACUUGGAAGCGCAUUCUUGGUUGGAUAUUAAAUGGCGUGGUUGCUUCUCUAGUCAUAUUCCUUGCAAACAUAUACACUCUCUCCCCAAAAGCAUUUCAGAAGAAUGGUGCUGUUGCAGACAUCACACACCUUGGUGCCAUGACAUACACCUGCAUAAUCUGGACCGUCAAUUGCCAGAUUGCUCUCAUCAUCAACCACUUCACUUGGAUCCAACAUCUUUUCAUAUGGGGCAGCAUCUUGAUCUGGUAUGUGUUCUUGUUGAUAUACGGUGCACUCCCUCCUGCCUACUCACAACGAGGAUUUCAAGUUCUAAUCGAAGCUCUUGGCCCUGCACCAUUGUACUGGACAGUCACAUUGUUUGUUGUAGUUAUUUCUCUUCUUCCCUACUUCAUCCACAUCAUCAUCCAACGGUCGUUCUAUCCACUUGAUGAUCAUGUGAUCCAAGAGAUGAAGUAUUUCAGGAAAGAUGUUGCAGACAAUCAAAUGUGGGAAAGGGAAAGAAGCAACUCCAUUAAGAUGACUCAGAUUGGAUUUUCUGCUAGGGUUGAUGCAAGAAUCCGUUUUCUAAAAGAACACUUGCACCAGAAGAAACAGUUGAUAUAUAGAUCAGUGACAAGCAGUCCAAUAUUUAAGUCACUGACAAGCAGCCCAGCCUAG